AUGAAGACCUUUGUUCGAGAGGCUCUCCUUCUGCUGCUCCUGGCCAACCUGGCCCUGACCAGAAAUCCAAAGGGUUCACACUCUCUGAGCUUUUUGCAAGCUCUCAUCACCGGGCCUCACCUCCUGGAGCCCCAAUUCAUAUUUGAGGUCUACUUGGAUGAUCUUCAUGUUGAGAGAUUCAACAGCAGAGCAGAGACUCCAAGACUGGAGCACUGUGCACCAUGGGUGGAUCAGCAGGACCCGGAGUAUUGGGAGAAGAGGACACAGGACAUCCUAAACACAGUGGAUACCUACAAGGAUAUUAUGAAGAAAAUGCUUUACGUCUACAAUGAAAAUGAAGGUGGUGAGUUAACCCGAAUCAGAAAUCCUUAA